UGUUUAUUGACGUUUAAUAGCGUGUAAUCCAUAUUUCGGCCAUCUUUCCUUGUUUGUUGUGCGAACGUUUUUAAGAGGGGGAUUCGAACAGGCGGUUUAGCAGGUUGCUAACAUUGUCGCACCAACUUGUGGUCACGUACCUUUGUAUUGAGUUAAACCACUGGCCUGUGUGUUAGUAAGGAAAAAUCUCCCCAAAGCCGCCUUGCUCUCCUGCUUUGUAAACACAAUAAAACUUGUUGGUUUUCAUGUACAUUUAAAAGUAUCCAAUUGUCUGACCACCCACACUACUAGCUUGGUUGCUAAACACCAACACUGACCAGCAGAAUGUGUCCAGUAGCUCACAAAAUGAAGAAAUAUGUCUUCUAAUAUGUGAUAUCUGACCUAUGUCAUAGUUUUUUGUCAUAAUAACUAAGAAUACUCUUAUUACUUGCCCAGGCCACAUCCUACGUGAAAAUUAGACACGUGCAUCAAAAGAUGGCACGUGCUUUAUGUCUCUUCUGAUAUUAACAUGCCAGUGGUGUUUGACUUAUUGUCAUAGAUUUACAAGUGUUGUAAAUAAUGACGAACAACACAAAAGCCAUUAAGUUUCUCUGCUGUAGCUAUUGGCGGCACGACAAGUUGUCUUACUAGCUGCCACCUUGGUUCCUGUAGAAGAGUGUGAUUUUGUGAGACAAUGGGGUUAGAUUUAUUGAGACUGGAUAAACAUGCUUAGCGUGAGAGAGGUAGACGGAUAUAUCGGUUUUACAGAUUAAUCGGGGCAGAUAGUUGUUUUUGGAGCUUUCGGUUAUCAGUAAAAUCUAUGGCGAUAGUUGCAGAUUGUUUAUUUAUUUAUUUAUUAUUAUUAUUGGUCAACCGAUAUGUUUUUUUUAUUUAUUUAUUUUUUUUUAUGGCCAGUGCCGAUAACCAGAGAGCAGGGUGGCCGAUUGGGCGAUACAAUGCCGAUAUAUACAAAAUGUAAUAUAGUAAAUAGCAUAAGCAUAAAAGUCCUACAAAAAAUAAUACACUCUUAUUAUUUAGCACUAUAUUUACUAAAUUUCACACAAAACUUUAUCUUUGUAAAAAAAGAAUAUUGUAUUUUAAAUGGUAGAUAGCAGUUUCUUCUGAUUUCUGUUUAUUCAGCAAAUUUUAGUUUAUUUGCACAUGAAGAAAUUGUUAAUAUAUUAGGAAGUAACAAAUACACACACUAGUCCACCUUAGCAAUCGCAUAAAAAAAUCAACCCAAUUGUACAUGCAGUGCAUAGUGAAUAAGACAUUUCCUUAAAGCACACGUGAAGUGCUUUUGCUUUGAAGUUGCGCUCGUGUGGAUCCAGUGUGAGCAGCAAUCUCCUGACAGUUCAAAUGACCUGGAUCACCUGCUUGGAUUGUCACGGAUUGACCGUCAUGAUUUGUGAAUCAGAGGAACGUUUGAUCCUGAUCUUUUGAUUCUGGCUGAUAGAAGACAUGCUUCAGAGGAAGAUAUUAGAUGAGCGCUUGAUGGGAAGAAAAUGCUGGAUUUUCGUGAGAACCAACACAAAUAUACAGAUUUCUUCGGACAAGGAAUCUUAUAGCACCAAUCUUCCUGCACAGAAGUCUUACAUACAUGUCUCACAGAAACUCAAGAACAAGUACAAAAAGAAAGAACUUCAAUGUGAAUGAUCUGCUGUUUAAAGUAGAGAAGUCAAAAGUGGAUCAGGAAUCCCACAAUAUGGCUUCAAACCUGCAGCUUACAUUCACUGGAUUCUUCCAUAAAACUGAGAAGCAAUUGCAAAACUCAGAGAAUGAAGAAAACUCAGUGUCUGUAGAAGUGCUACUUGUCAAAGUCUGCCACAAGAAGAGAAAGGAUGUGAGUUGCCCAGUGAAGCAAGUGCCUACAGGUAAAAAGCAGGUGCCUCUGAAUCCAGACAGCAGUCAGACCAAGCUGGGAGCUUUUCCCACACUGGUAGUGCCCAGCCAUGAGUUUGAACCCAGUAACAGCCACAUGGUGAAGUCCUACUCCCUUCUGUUCAGAGUGUCUCGUCCAGGGGGAGGAGAGCUCAAUGGUGUGACCAACAGAGAUACCAAUGUUAUUGAAGAGUUGUCCAGCAGAAAGAAGAGAUAUGCUUCUCAUCCGGAUGAUGGAGAAACUACAUUUGUGGCACAGAUGACAGUUUUUGAUAAAAACAGACGUCUCCAGCUUUUGGAUGGUGAGUAUGAAGUCUCUAUGCAGGAGAUGGAGGAGAGUCCUGUAGGCAAGAAAAGGGCAACAUGGGAAACCAUUCUAGAUGGGAAGUGGCUACCACCCUUCAAAACCUUUUCUCAGGGACCCACAUUGCAGUUCACUUUACGAUGGACCAAUGACACAGCAGACAGAGGAACGGCACCAGUAGCCAAACCACUUGCCACACGCAACUCUGAAUCCAGCACAGUGGACAGCAAGCCAAGCAAUGUUAAGCCUCCACAUGCAGUAGCUGUUAAUGAUUCAGUUGGCGCUGAUCAGCCAGUAAGAAGAGAACACAGUUAUGUUGAACCUCGUCAGAAACUAUGUGUCUAUUAUCAGUUCCUGUACAACAAAAACACACGGCAACAGACAGAGGCCAGAGAUGACCUGCACUGUCCCUGGUGCACGCUGAACUGCCGUAAGCUCUACAGCCUCCUCAAGCACCUCAAACUCUCGCAUAGUCGCUUCAUCUUCAACUACGUGCCACACCCUAAAGGAGCCAGGAUAGAUGUGUCGAUUAAUGAAUGCUAUGACGGCUCUUACGUGGGGAACCCUCAGGAUAUCCACUGCCAGCCUGGCUUUGCCUUCAGCCGUAACGGACCAGUGAAGAGGACUGCAGUCACACAUUACCUUGUCUGCAGGCCCAAGCGCUCAGAGCCCAACCUCUCUGAGUUCCUGGAGUCAGAGGAUGGAGAACAGGAGCAGCAGCGGACUUACAUCAGCGGCCACAUCCGCCUUUACUUCCACAGUGACAGCUGCAUGCCGCUCAGACCACAGGAAAUGGAAGUGGACAGUGAGGAUGAGAGGGACCCAGAGUGGCUCAGGGAGAAGACUGCUAUGCAAAUCGAGGAGUUCAUGGAUGUCAAUGAGGGAGAGAAAGAGGUGAUGAAACUGUGGAACCUGCAUGUAAUGAAACAUGGAUUCAUAGCUGACAACCAAAUGAAUCACGCUUGCAUGUUAUUUGUGGAGCAGCACGGCACCACCAUCAUCGACAAGAAUCUGUGCCGAAACGUUCUGCUCCAUCUGGUUAGCAUGCACGAUUUUGGCUUAGUGACUACUGUGACCAUAGAUAAGGCCAUGGCUUACCUGAGAGAUUUGAAAUGGAAAAAUGAUGGCCAGGAGCAACCCAAACUUCAAGAUGGUGCCUGCAGUGAUCCUGCCACUGAUAGUGUUUCCAGCAGGGAUGGGGAAGUCAGUGUAUCGAUCACUGAAACAUCCCACCAGUGAUUUGAUCCAUCUCAGACUCUGCAUUGAUUCUGAUGUCGGUGGGCAUCAGAUGCAACCACAUUCUGCAUAGGCACUGGGUUAAAAGUGAAAAGAGUUAGGAAAAGGUUGUGUGGUUUAAUGGGAGCCAUGAUCAUAAUCUGCAGAUUGUGAUUUUGGCCUGAUGUCAUCAGAGUUGUAAAAAGCAAUUACUUGAAGAUGCCAUUAGUCUGCAUUAGCUGGUAAUUUCUAAAAUCACCCUCUGUUUUUGUUUCUGUACCCACACAACCUUGUAGCUCUAGCACAUUUUUAGCACUUGCUUUAGGUGCUUGUUUUUAAGAGAACUAUGAAAAGAUUUUUUUUUUAAUAUAUUUUGAAUAUAUUGAGGAUUGAAAUGGCUCCCACAAGCUUGCUUUUAUUGUAUUUUCACAGGGGUUGGUAAACUCAUUCUGAAAACUUGAACCUUUUAGUUUUGCCUGUGUAUUGGGUUUUUUUGUGGGUAGUUUUUCAGCAUUCAUUUGAUACUGUGGCUUGUGCCACCCCUAGAUAUCAAAUGUUUUUUUUUUUUUUUUUUCCUCUGCAAUUCUUGUGGACCAAAGUUUUGUUGGUCUGCACUUGGUGGCUAAAGUGAAAUUAACCACAUCAGUUUAGCACCACACUAGAAGGCUUCACAUGACUGUAUCUUCGGAAGCUCGGAUCGAGGAAUGACUUGUCAGGAUCAUGGGUGCUGCAAUCUACAUUAACUGCAUUGUUUAUCAAGUUUGUCAUAGCCUUAACAAUUCCACUGACCUUGCAACACAUAUACAUACAGGUACAGGGUACUAAAAACAAAGCAGGUGCGAUGCCUUGCAUAAAUGUUUACACUUGCCUUACUCAUGGAAACAUGGACUUUAAAAGCAGGGUUUGAACUUCUGGUGUACUACUUGGAUCCAUAGCUUGUUGUGCAGAUUUAGACGAGUUAAGCACAGGUUUCAAUUUCAUUCAUGUUUGUGUAAUUUCAGUGACUCUGUACUGCUCCCCACGUUGUAUCCAUUUACAUCCAGAUGCAUUUAGUUUAUCACCAUGCAUCUACUCUGCAUAGUUGUUUUCUUUAAAUUUACCUUGGAUCCAGUUGUCUUUCAUGGUGCCCAUGUUUAAAAAAUGCUUUCAGGCGUUUAUGAGCAAACAUCUUGUAACAUGUAUAUAAGUUUAGUAAUAUGAUGGUUGAUGUCUGAAGGAAAAUAAUUUUAGACCAAAGUGAAAUGGCUACAAUGUUUCUAGUUUAUUUUGAAGAUUUCAACUCAGCGUAUGUCCUUAUAGUUUUUUGUUGUGUUGCUGUAUGCAUAUGUUUUAAAAGAAGGUAGUCUGUUUAUACAUCUUUUACGGCUUUACUUUGCUAUAACUGUGCACUGGUUAAAGAAUUGAGAUCAUUUUUGGUUUACUGGAGGUCAAUUACUUUAUUUGAAACAGUUGUAUAACUGCAAUUGCAUAACGCUCACAAUACUUGCAUACAAUGUGAAACCAGCAUCAAU